UUCUUGUUCAAUUUUCCUUCUUUUGUCAAAUCAAUCACUACUCAUCAAUCCAUCCAAAACAAUACUCAUCAACACAGAUCAACUCUUAAAAUUACAAUUACUACGCCAUGAAGCUCAGCGUCUUCUCUCUCCUACCCUUUUUUCUACUCGCCUUUCUAUCUGUUUCCAUGCCCAUAGAUCUCGAGAAGAGAGUAAUCAUAGUAAACACAAUCACUGCCACCACCACCACCUACUUGUAUCAAUCUCCACCUACACCUUUAUCUUCAGAAGAUGUGGUGGGAACUCCAUCCAUCUUGAACCAGCAAUCAACCCUCACCUCAACCAUAACCUAUGAAUCAACAACAAGAACAGUCACAAGGGUGAUCAACCCUACUAUUUUAAUCGACCAAACAACUUGGGUAACUGAAACAAACACUGACUUGCCCUCAUCCUUGCCACACAACAGUGGUGCUGACUUGGUGCAGCUCGACAAAAGAGUGAUUUUAAAUGAAUUCAUAACUUCAACCACCACAGUAUAUCUAGAUCAGCUCUCCACAAUCACAUCUACUCCUACUCCUACCUUAAAUCCUCCUAUAAUUUUAAAUAACCAAACAACUGUGACAUCAACUAUCAUCAAUGAUUCCACCACAAGAGUUGUAACUAGGACAAUCAAUCCAACUAUUUUAAACAGACAAGUUAUCUGGGUCACUGAAACUGUCUCCAGUGCCGGCUCUCCAUCCUCAGCUCCUUCAGAUACUAUAGACUUGAGAAAAAGAGUAAUCCUAAACGAAAUGGUAACUGCAACUACAACUGUCUACGUAGUCGACGGUGAAACCAUCUCUGUCCCACAACAAUCCACAUCUUUAUUACCUGGUCCCUCAAUCUUGAAUCAACAAACAACUGUUACCUCCACCAUUACUUAUGAAUCGACCACCAGAACCAUAACAAAAACAAUAAAUCCAACUAUCUUAAUCAAACAAACUCAAUGGGUAACUGAAACACUAACAGACUAUCCUUCCUCACUAAUCGAUAACGAUGAAACAGAAUUCGACUCUGAAUCUGAAAGUGACUACUACGAAUCUGCCUACAUCACUGAAACUCCAAUCCCAACCAACUCAGUUUCCACUGAUGAUGAAGAUGAAGAAUUCGAACCAAUUUUCAUCUCCCUAAGAACUGUCACCGUUUACUAUGAUCCAAGAUUCAAUUCAUACACGAACUUUGAUUACCCAACUUCAACUCCCUCUCCUUACAAUUUAAAUCCUCCUGCAGUUAUGAAUGUAUAUACUCUAAUUACCUCAAAUUACAUAGAAGAUCAGCCUACUCCAACAUUUGCUAGCGUUAUCCUUUCAACUUCAGAUCUUUCAACUACAGUCAUCUCUCCAAAUUAAAUCAAUCUGGUCCAAAAUAAAAUAAAAUAAAACAAAAUUCAUCAAAACUCUUAAAAUUCACAUAUUUAUCUAAUUUUAGACUCAAUUAUAUAUUUAUCUUUUAUAUUUCUAUUUACUUCUUAUUAUUUAAAGCUUAUUGGGUUUUUAAUUGUCG